AGUAACUCUGUGUAAUGGGUUGUUUACAACUUUCAGAUAUUUACUGAGGCAGUUAGCCUUAUUUCAAGGAGAUUUUAAAAGUACGCCAGAUCAGUGUUCAGUUACAAUUACACCAGUUUUUACUAGACAACUAGGAGUUUGAUUGACGUUUUUGGCGGAAACAAUAAUGGCUAGAACUAAGCAGACUGCGCGGAAGUCGACUGGAGGAAAAGCCCCCAGGAAACAACUGGCAACUAAGGCAGCCAGGAAGAGCGCGCCGGCUAUUGGGGGAGUGAAGAAACCUCACAGGUACCGCCCAGGGACAGUAGCUUUGAGGGAAAUAAGACGCUACCAGAAAUCGACCGAGUUGCUGAUCAGAAAACUGCCGUUCCAGAGACUGGUGAGGGAAAUUGCACAGGAUUUCAAGACUGACCUCAGGUUUCAAACAGCCGCUAUCGGAGCACUUCAGGAAGCGGCCGAGGCAUACCUUGUCGGACUAUUCGAGGACACGAACCUCUGUGCAAUUCACGCCAAACGCGUGACUAUCAUGCCCAAGGACAUUCAACUUGCGCGCCGAAUCAGAGGCGAAAGGGCAUAAACUAAUCGCACAACAUAAAGUGGCAUAUAUUGGGCAGCGGGAAAAUGAGACAAGCUAGCCAAUUAUAUAUAAACUUCAAUCUAUGCUGUUUUGUAAGACUGAACGGAAUCAAAACUAAGCUUAUUGAUCUUUUGCGCUUUUCAAGGUCUUUUAAGACCGAUAAUAUUUUUUUAUUUUUUUUCAAGUCCAUUUUUGAAUUUUCUUCUAAAGCUGAUUUAGAGAAAAAAUUAGUGAAAGUGUUGUUGUUUUCGAGAAACAUUUGAAGUGUAGUAAAAAAAUAUAUAGCAGAUCCAAGAUGCUUAGUUCAGUUUUUGAAACCUUCAAGCAGUUUUGUGCAAUUCUCCUCGGAAGUUUUAAUGUUCCAUUGUUGCAUUCUCUAUUCAGUGUUUCCUAUUGAAUUUAUUAUUUUAUACUGAAAUGCAAUUUUGAUUUUAGAUAUAUUUUGAUGUGUUUUCACUAAUAGUUUUCCAAUGUUGAAUUGAAUUUUUUCGUUUCAAUGAGGAGCUUCUGAUAUUUUUAAUUUAAUUUUUUGUUGAUGUAAUUGAAAGUUAGCUCCUCAAUGAGUGAUCAGUCGUUUAAUUUUAGAAGUUAGUUAUGAUAACUGUAUUUUAAUCAGGUUUUUGAUUUCCAUUUUCACCGAUUGUGUAUCUGAUUCUUUUAUGACAAUAGAUUGACCGGGUGUUAUGUAUUACUACGUUUGUGCAUUAUGCUUCUCCUCAAAACGUAAUUUACUUUUUGGGCUGAUUUUUUGCGGCUGCAUA